AUGACUCUGUGGAAUGGUGAGCUGCCUUUCUACCCCCAGCCCCGGCAUGCCCCCGGCUUCAGCGUCCCGUUGCUCAUCGUCAUUCUGGUGUUCUUGGCCUUGGCCGCCAGCUUCCUGCUCAUCUUGCCUGGGAUUCGUGGUCACUCGCGCUGGUUCUGGCUGGUGAGAGUUCUUCUCAGUCUGUUCAUAGGCGCGGAAAUUGUGGCCGUGCACUUUAGCGCACAAUGGUCAGUGGGUGGGAUGAACACCAACACAUCCUACAAGGCCUUCAGUGCAGCAAGGGUCAGCGCUCACGUUGGUCUCCACGUCGGCCUGGAGGGAAUUAAUAUUACACUCACAGGGACCCCGGUGCAGCAGUUGAACGAGACCAUAGACUACAACGAGCACUUCAACUGGCGUCUGGGUGAGAACUAUGCCGAGGAGUACUCGGAGGCACUGGAGAAGGGGCUGCCCGAUCCAGUUCUCUACUUGGCGGAGAAGUUCACCCCGAGCAGCCCCUGCGGGCUCUACCGCCAGUACCGCCUGGCGGGACACUACGCGUCCGCCACGCUGUGGGUGGCGUUUUGCUUCUGGCUCCUCUCCAACGCGCUGCUCUCCAUGCCGGUCCCGCUCUACGGAGGCCUGGCGCUCCUGACCACCGGCGCCUUCACGCUCUUCUCCAUCUUCGCCUUCGCCUCCGUCUCCAGCGUGCAGCUCUGCCCGCUCCGCCUCGGCUCCUCCACGCUCACCACUCACUACGGCGCCGCCUUUUGGGUCACCCUGGCCACCGGCAUCCUGUGCCUCCUCCUCGGAGUGGCGGUGGUGAGUCUCCACUACUCUCGACCCAGCGCUCUCCGCACCUUCUUGGACGGAAGUGGCAAGGACUAUGGUAGCCAGGCGAACAACCCACUGCAUAAGCAGUUCGGAGCCCUGGACUUAACGACUAGUACUAACCUUUGA